AUGAAGAGGCUUAUUAUCACAGUAAAUGUCACAGAAGCAUGCGGUAGCCAACAAAAUGAUAGGGAUGGUCCACAUCACCCAGGAGGAGGAAGAGGUCCUGGCGGCCCCCAUAAUUCUGGAGGCCAUGGUCGUCCUCCAUAUGGCGGCGAAGGAAGUCAUAACGCGGUUGGAGGUCAUGGACAUUCAGGACAUCGCCCAGAACAUGGCAACCAUAAUAAUAAUGGCCAUCGUCCAGAACAUGGAGGUUGGGAUAAUCCAAGGGAUCAUCAUGGCCAUGGAAACCGCUAUGGACACUUUUCUUCAGACCCGAGACAGAAUUACAAUGAAAGGGUAAGAAGAGCCAGACACCCUAAUGAACCAUCAAAUGGUGCAUACUAUGAUCAGUCAAUGAAUGGAAUGAUGCACCACAAUUACAUGAGUUACGGUGAUAAUGAGUAUUCGCAAACACCAGAGCACGCAUAUUCUAAUUAUCCCAAUGAGUAUGAAGAUUAUGAAAGUCGACACCAGAUGCAGGCUUAUUCCCACGAACAAAGCUACGCAUCAAGGGAAACGGGAGAAUAUUCCUACGGGCGAUCAGAGCCAACACCUUACAAUAGCCAAAUGCAUUAUCAGAAUGGAGAUCCGGGGCAGAUGGGCAAUUAUGGAGGCGAAAAUAAUGCCUACGGCGAACCGAACGUAUUCGUUGAUCCCCAAGUACCAGAGGAAAGGAGCAAUCCCCAGAACGCGGGAAUGGAUCCUCUUUCAGCCUAUCAGGCUGAAAUUGCCAGACUUACCAGACUGAAUGAAGAAAGAAUGCGGAAAUACGAGGAAGAGAAGGCAAAGUACUACAGAGAACACGCGAAAUAG